UGAUGUUGGGUGUGGUUGUCUCUAGUAAACGAUCGAUUCUUACACGAAGCAUCCGUGCUCCAGCAGCUGUGGCCGUCACGAUUCUUCUAUUGUCUGCAAACGCUGCAGCUUCCGAAAACUCGCAGUGUAAGGCAACCUUAGUAAGACCACUAAAAAGUACAAAAAAUGAAAUAAAGAUUACAAAGGGAUGGAAUGUGGUACUGCGGUGUAGCUGCAAAGAGAGUACCUCCCAGAUUCCAAAUUAUCGUUGGCAUCAACUCGAGUCUGGUAACUGGACACCUGUGGGUACUCAACAAGACCUGAUGAAAUACAUAUCUCAUUCUGUAACGUUUGCUUGUGAUGGAGGACACAACACUAAAAUGUCGAAAAAUAUAACAUUAAUAGCCACAGACCCAAAUAGUACAGUUGUCACCCCUACAACAUCAACUUCAGCCCCAUCUACAUCAACAUCUUCAGUUCCUUCUACACCUUCCUCGGUUUCUUCUACAUCAACAUCUACUUUCGUGACGAGGAUUGAGACAGAAGCUAGUAUACAUACAGGUGUCUCUUGUCAGAAUGCUAAAGAAGAACCACAAAGCCGUCUGACUGUCAUCCUUUUAUCUGCACUAGGUGUGGUGUUACUACUGCUGGUGGUGAUGAUCCUGCUGGUGAUAGUUAUUCUACGACGUCAUCAUGCGUAGAUCAUUCGCAGAUUUGUUUCAUGCACAGAUGUCGAGACAGAGAGACAAAAGUUAUUUUGCUGACAUUUUAUUAUUCCGCCCUAACUCAACAAACUGUUUUGAUCUCCUAGUAUAGAUGCUCUGUAGGAUGUACACAGAUUCACUAAAGAUCCAAUAAUGUAGCCUCGUACCCUCUCGCGUUGUCGCGCCCUGUUCCUGAUGUCUUUCAUACGGGAACCUUCACGGGCACGACACAGCGCGAGAGCGUUUAGUGCAAUGCUACAAUGUAUGAUAUCAGUAAUCAAAUACAAUUGUUUAUGCUGUUAGCGC